GUGUGUACGAGUGCACGUGUACCAGUGCGUACCAUUGCAUAUGUGCCCUUGUGCUUCCGUGUGUGAUUAGAAAUGAGUGUGGCGUUUAUUUGGCUUGGACUGUGUGUGGGACUGUCUGUCAGUAUGUAGGUUCAUGUCAGUGUAUAUUUGUGUGCCUUGUCAGUGUUGGUGUUUUGGUGUGUGUAUCAGUUUAUGUUUUUCUAGCAGUCUGUGAGCUUAAUGGUGUUUGGACUCCUGCAAUUUUGAGUGUGUUAAUGUGUGUCUGCUGUGUGUCUUGUAAUUAUAUCAGUAUCUGUGUGGUAGUGUGUGGAUCAAUGUCAAGAUGUUCACCUCCAUGUGUUCUCAUUGGCGUCAGUGUGUGUGAGUGUGUCUUACCGUCAGUGUGGCUCCUUGUCAAUGAAUGUGCCCAAGUCUUUGUUAGUGUCUAAUCACCUGACAGGAUAUAUGUACAUAAGGUUGAUAAAGCAGUGCUAAAACGUGUUGAAAAACUAAAAGCUGGCAAUACCCUACAGGAGCUUUAGUCACUGGAAAGACUGGUCGAUGUUUUGGGUUAAAACCUGUGACUACAGUCCUCCAGGAUUUGAAGGAGCUUUAUGUUAGGAAGACAAGUGAUUCUAUAAAAUUAUAAUUCAUUAACAUCAUGGUAUUGAAUGCAGUGAUUUCCAAACUAGCUGGGAAACGUGUGGUCCUUGCCAGUGCUUCACCACGUAGAAGAGAAAUUUUAAAUAAUGUUGGUCUUAGAUUUGAAGUGGUGCCUUCAUGGUUUAAGGAGAAUCUUGACAAGUCUGCUUUCAAAACGCCCUAUGAUUAUGCAAUAGAAACUGCAAAGCAGAAAGCCCUUGAGGUGGCAACAAGAAUGCAUUUGAAACACUUCAAGACUCCAGACAUUGUCAUUGGUGCAGACACUGUUGUGUGUAUUCAUGGCGAUAUUCUCGAGAAACCUGCAAAUAAACAAGUAGCGUACCACAUGCUAUCGAGACUCAGCAAUGAAGAACAUAGUGUUUUCACUGGGGUUGCAGUUGUCCAAUGUAUCUGCAAAAGUGACAACCAGCUGGAGACCAACUUUACUGUUUUUUAUGAAGAAACAAAGGUCAAGUUUUCAGAGCUGUCUGAAGAGCUUCUCUGGGAGUACAUACACAGUGGUGAGCCAAUGGACAAGGCAGGUGGUUAUGGAAUUCAAGCACUUGGUGGAAUGUUAGUUGAAUAUGUUCAUGGGGACUUUUUCAACGUGGUGGGAUUUCCCCUUAAUCACUUCUGCAAGAAGCUGGAUGAAAUCUGUAGUUUGUUAGAAAGCCAGUCUAUCACAAGCAAAACCAAGCCUAGUGAGCUGGAGGGUGACUCUGUAAACCACAAGAAGAAAGUAGAUGCAGAAAUGAGUCUGAAGUCCAACCAAACCGCACAGAAGGAAGAGGAGCUAAAAGGUUUGGGUUCAAUCCUACAAAACGUUACUUCUAAGGCACAAGAGUUGGUGGAAAUGCACCAUGGUUUCCCAAGGACAUCUACCCACAUUGAGAUGAAUGAGUGUCUUCAUAAAGUUGCAGACCUAGUGGAUGGUUUCAAAGCAUCAAAGGUCUUAUUCACAGCUACCAAACUGAAGGUAUUUGAUAUACUGAGCAUACAGGAUGGCUUAGAAGCUUCAGACAUUGCUCAGAGAUUAAAGACUACCGUGGAUGGGACAGAACGUCUCUUAGAUGCCUGCGUAUCACUUGGUUUACUAGAUAAAACGUCAAGAACAUCACAAUUAUAUAAGAACACAAAACUUGCCAACACAUUUCUGGUAUCAGGCACUGCAAAUUCGAUGUGUGACUAUAUCCUUUAUAAUAAUGAUUACAUUUGGCCACUUUUCACUCAUCUGGAUUCAGCUGUUAAAGACGGAUCAAAUCAGUGCCUAUCGGCCCCUGGGGAAAAGCCUGAAGAUUUAUUUCAGAAUUCAGCUCAAAUGUUGUCUCUAACAUCUGCCCUUAACAGUGUUGUCAAAGUUGUUGGGAAUGACAUUGUCAGGGCAUUUGAUCUUUCAUCAUUUAAAACUGCUUGUGACUUAGGAGGAGCUACUGGGGCUUUGGCAUAUGAAAUGGCAGAUACAUAUCAAGAUAUGGUUCUCACUGUGUUUAAUUUGCCACAGUUGUUGGAAAAGUUUAAGUGUUUCCAGCAACAAAAUCAAAACCCAAGUCGAAUUUCUUUCAGGGGAGGAGACAUCUUCACAGAUGACAUACCUGAGGCAGAACUUUAUAUUCUUGUAAAUGGUCUGCAUUACUGGAAGGAAGACAAAGUCAAUCUCCUAUUAAGCAGGCUCUCUCAGAUAUGCAAACCAGGAUGUGGCCUUCUCCUAACUGAGCUUGUGCUCCACAAUCAGAAGACCAAACCCUGCACAGCUCUCCUGCAGUCCCUCAGUGUGAUGAUGCAAAGUGAAGGGAAGGAAAGGAGUGGGUCAGAGUACAGGAAACUCUUGAAUAAACACGGCUUCAUAAAUGUGCAGAUCAAACACAUGGGAACGUUUCUGGAUGCCAUUUUUUGCAGAAAGCAGUAGUUUUCUCACUGAAUAUUGUAGAAGCUACUCGAGGUUGGUUUUUUAGUAUGUUUGUUUCUCAUGCCCAAUUAGGAUGGGCAAUAUCAUUUAAUCAACUUGGUUAAGGUGUACAUUCUGUAAAAUGAAUUCCAUAUUAAAAGAUUGU